AUGGCGUUCACCAACACUCCACCUCGGUCUCCCUUCUCCGCUGCCAAACAUGCAAAAGACGGCAAACACCACAUCCUCCUCGCCGCAACAGGCUCGGUUGCAACGAUAAAAUUACCCCUCCUUGCCCGUGCCCUGUCCGAACACCACCCCAUCGUCUCGAUCCGCAUAGUUCUCACACCUUCCGCCAGCCACUUCCUGCAGUCUCAAUCCGCCGAACAACCGAGCCUCUCCUCCCUUCUCACCCUAACAGGCGUGGACGGCAUUCAUGAAGACAAGGAUGAGUGGUCCAAACCUUGGGUGAGGGGUGAUGGAAUCCUUCAUAUUGAAUUGCGGAGGUGGGCAGAUGUGCUUGUUAUUGCUCCCUUGUCGGCAAAUGGCUUGGCGAAGAUGGUGAAUGGGUUGAGUGAUGGUUUAUUGUUGAGUGUGGUCAGGGCAUGGGAUACUACUGGGCUGAUUGAUGGCGUUGAUGGGAAGGGAAGAAAGAAGAGGAUUUUCGUUGCGGCGGCUAUGAACACGGCGAUGUGGAGGCAUCCGGUUACUGGGAGGCAGAUCAGAGUCCUGGAGGAAGAAUGGGGGAGCGCUGAUGGAAUCGAGGAAGAAGUUGAAGGCAACGGACAAGCUGGGCCGGGAGAAGGAUGGAUUACAGUGCUGAGGCCGAUGGAGAAGGAAUUGGCGUGCGGAGACGUUGGAGAUGGUGCGAUGAUGGAUUGGAGGGAGAUUGUGGCACACGUGGAACGACAUCUCGGGUUGGACUCGAAGAAGCACACAAUAGGGACAAGCUGA